CAUCGACGUCACGGCACCUCCGGCCACAGCCGUUAGGAUUUGAACGGUUUGGGCGGGAGAGGAAGGAGCAAGCUCCGGUGCCGGGGAGACAGGGACACGGGAAAGACACCGCAACGGGGAACGUGUGACUCGGGAGACCGGACCCGGGAGAGGUGCCACAAUGACCGAUCCGGAGAGCCUGUCGCAGCUUUUGCAGGUUUGUGCCCGCAAGACAGAAGACUUUGUUCGUCUUCUAGAUAGCAAGCACAUGGUAUGGCUUAUGGAAAUAGAAGAAGCGGCCAGAAAAAUGUUCAGCAGUGAUUUCACUGCUGAGCCAGAGCUAAUGCCAAAGACACCAUCUCAGAAAAGACGUAGGAAGAAGAGAACAUCAAUUGUGCCAGAUGAAAAUAGAGAUCCCAGUGGACGCAGGUUAUCUAGGAGAAGAAGCAGUGCCAGCUGGAGCACAUCAGUACGCAGAUUGUCUUCGCGACAUAUGACUAAACCACUUGAAACAUCCAUUAUAGAAGAGUCUGAGCAGCGGCCUAAGAGAGUGACAAGAGCCAAGGCACAAGCCAGUAUAGUGUGCAUGCCAGUAUCUGAGAAACCACUUGAAGAACUCCCAUCAAAUAUGCCCAAUGACCGUCUUCUGCAGGUGAAAAUUAGCGCAGAAGAGCGUCGUAGUGCGGAGGUGCAGCUCUUAAACUCUGUGGAGAAAAAUCCUGCCUUAGAAACUGUUGUUCCAACUUCUGCUGCCCCUCCUAUUCCUUUUGCUCCUCCAGCAAUCACUGCUAGUGAGUCGUCAGCUCCUGUCACCCCUCAAAAAAAUGAUCGCACUGCAGCCAAAUUAAAGAUUGCCGACAGUUCCACACCUAAGAAGGCAGCUGUUAACGGAUCAAUAGAUCUAACACUUGAUUCUCCUCAGCCUGUUGCACAAGCUGCCAAGGAGCUAGCACUGGAACUGUCAAACUACAGUGUGACACCCACAGGGUCAAAAUCUGACCGUCGCUCUGUACGCCGCAGUAUUGUUGGAAGGAAAUCAACCAGCCAUCGAACAUCGCUGGCUCACCAGUACUCUCUGGCUAGCAAGCGUGAAAGUAUGACAAGAGAAUCUGUGCGUAAAUCCAUCCGCCGAUCAGUUUCACGGAAGAAAGCGUCAGACAUAUCCUCCUCUUCCAGCUAUAAAAGCUACCAGAGCUCUAUAGAAGUAGUGGAUGAAGAAGUCACUGUAAAAAUCAAACCAGAAACUACUGAACCUGUUGAGGAGGCUUCAGAAAACCCUAGACGUUCCCUGCGAACGCGGGCUUUUAACAAGAUUGCCAUCAGCAACCUGCCUGAGACUGAGCCGCAACAGAUGAAGACUAGGCAGUCAUCAACUGCUGAAGCUGUUCCUGAUGGUGAUGAUCAAACAAUAAGGAGGAAGAGUUACAAACGUGCUGUGGAUGAGCUGUCUGACCAGUCCAGUGAUGAGCAGGUGAACUCCCCUCCCAGAAAGAAGACUCCAUCUCCUCCAUGUCCACCAAGCAAAGUUAUAAAGCCGCCUCCUGCUCACUUGAAGACUUUCCUGCAUACAGUGCAGAAAAAUCAACUGCUAAUGAUGACACCUGGAUCUAUUGGGAAAAGUCUAAUUGCAAAAUCCUUUAUAAAGCGCAACACUCCUCUCAAAGUAGACCCCAAGGAGAAGGAGCGCCAACGACAGGAAGCUCUACGCAAGAAAGAGGAGGCUGAACUUGUGCGCAAACAGAAGAUAGAGGAGGGAAAGAAACGCAAACAGGAGGAGCUAAAGCUGAGGAGAGAAGAGCGUCUGCGUAAGGUUCUGCAGGCUCGAGAGAGAGUGGAGCAGUUAGAGGAAGAGAAAAAGAAGAAAAUGGAGCAGAAAUUUGCACAAAUAGAUGAGAAGAGUGAAAAGGUGAAAGAGGACCGCCUGGCUGAGGAGAAGGCUAAAAAGAAAAUAACUGCUAAAAAACAAGAGGAGGUCGAGGGCAGGCGGCGACAAGAUGAGGAAGCUCGGAAACUCAAAGCUAAACAGCUGGAGGAAGAGGAGCGUAGACACCAGGAACUUCUCCAGAAAAAGCGAGACGAGGAAGAACAAGAAAGGCAAAGAAAGUUUGCAGAGACCAAAAAAAUCACUGAUAUGCGGCAAGCUGAACUGGAACGUGAAAGGCAACAAGCAGCUGAAAAAGAGCAGGAGCGUCUCAGAGCUGAAAAGGAAAGGGAACGCAUAGAAAAAGAGAGAGCACUCCAGUUACAGAGGGAACUAGAUCGAGCAGCACAAGAGAAGGAGCAGCAGCGCAAAGAAGCAGAAGAGCGCAAGAGGAAGGAGCAGCAAGAGAGAUUGGAACAAGAGCGUCAAGAAAGGUUACGUAAAGAAAUGGAGGCCAAGAAACUGGAAGCACAGAGAUUGCGUGAGGAGCAGGAAAGAAUUGCAAAGGAAAAGCAGACAGCUGCCAGUGUCCCUUCACUGAAUGUAACUGUGGAUAUUCAGAACUCCCCAGCCUGUGAAUCUUAUGAGAUGACUCCUAAGAGCUACAAAGCUCCAGUAGUUAAAAUCAACGCAGAUGACUAUGGUAUGGACUUGAAUAGUGAUGAUUCCACGGAUGACGAAAGUAAACCCCGUAAACCUAUUCCAGCAUGGGCCUCUGGAAAUCAGCUUGGCCAAGCAAUGUGCCAGCAGUAUUACCAUCCAAUAGAUGUGGAAAAAUUUUAUGGCACCAUUGACAGCCCAAAAUUGGAAGACAUGUUUUAUAAGAGCAAACCGCGAUAUUAUAAGCGCACCAGUUCUGCAGUAUGGCACUCUCCUCCACUAAACAGCAACAGACAGCAUCUUGCUGUGGGCUUUGGGCUAAAGAAAUACUGAGCUAAGGAACUGCAGGCUUGCCGGCCUAUGCCUAAAACUACUGCACGCUGCUCUUAAAGUUCUGUUCGAACGUCAGUUUUAUCUGUUUUAUAUGUAAUGUUUUUUGUAACAGGCUCUUAGAUAUAUAUAUGUAUGGUAGGGACAUCUCAUUUUAAAAAUAAAGAUUCUUUAAGGAUUAGUACAACUUCUGCAAUUAAUGAAUAGUAAAUUGAUAUUUAUAUUGAUCGAGGGCUAAUUAAUAAUGUAUGGCAGCCCUACUGUUCAUUGUGCAUUAAGAGACUUCAAUGCAGCACUGUUAGACAUACAUUCUGUCUAAAUCUUGUACAUAUAACUGUAAUAAUUGGGUACUGGUCACGUGACUCUUGGUAAUUUCAGACCUGCAUCACUAUGUUAAAACAUUUGCUUUUGGUUAGUGGUUUGUAUCACUUUUAUUUAAAUAAAUCAGUAAAGGUCAACUGUAUAAAAUAGCUGAUAUCUAAAUUGACUAAUGUUUUCCUUUUUAUACCUGAUGCACCGUGCAGCCUUCAGAUGGCCCGGAUGUGCUAUUUGAAUGAACUGUAGCUAAAUUUUGGCAAAAUAUGUUCA